AUGGCAACGCUCGAAGUUCGUCCCUUAAAUGCAGCCCUAAAGAAAGUGGCCAAGGAGGAGUUAAAUGAGGUGGAGAGUCGCAUAGCCGAUGAUAUUGCAGCUUUACGUGUUUGGCUUGAUAAACAGCCACAUUUGAAAUCUCGCCUUGAUGAUCAAUUUUUGGUUUCAUUUUUGCGUGGAUGCAAGUACAGCAUAGAAAAAGCUAAAUCGAAAAUUGACUAUUUCUAUACAAUCAAGACUAUGAUGCCCGAAUUGUUUGGCGAUAAAAUAAUGUCGGAGAAAGAAAUUAAAUUAUGUCGAACUGGCACCUAUGUUCGCCUUCCCAAGCCCUUGGGCGAAGGUGGUCCUUCGGUUCAACUAACAAAUUAUUCUAAAUUUGAUCCCAAAGUCUUUACCAUGCUUGAGCUAUUCCGUUUCCAGUGUCUGCUAAUGGAUUGGCAAAUCUACAAUGAUGAUAACUGUGUCAUUAGUGGUUACAUUGAAAUUAUUGAUCUCUCCAAAAUGAGUCUUUCUUUUCUUACACAAUUCGAACCGACUCUCAUUAAGAAAAUGGGUGUGUUUGCCGAAAAGGCAGCUCCCAUGCGUUUAAAGGGUAUACAUUUUGUCAAUUGUCCUAAAGAGGCUCAAGCGGUGCUUAGUUUCUCAAGAAGUUUGAUGAGUGAAAAGUUGCAAAAACGAUUCUAUGUUCACAAAACUCUGGAUGAUCUAUACAAGUUUAUACCCAAAGAAUAUUUGCCUGUUGAGUAUGGUGGCACGAAUGGCACAAUGCCGGAAUUAAUUGAAGAAACUGAAAAACAUUUAGUUAGCUUCAAUGAAUAUUUUAUCGAAGAUGAUCAAUUUGGAGUGGAUGAGAAUAUGAGACCAGGCAAAAAAGUGGAUAUGGAUUCAUUGUUUGGCAUUGAGGGCUCAUUCCGUAAAUUAGAUAUCGAUUAAAUUGUAAAAGUACUAAAAAUAUCAUGUUAUA